ACGCCCCGCGCCCCGCGCCGCGCCCCCGGCCCCGCGCGCCCGCCCCGGCAGCGACAAUGAGCGAACAGAGUAUCUGCCAAGCCCGGGCUUCCGUGAUGGUCUACGAUGACACCAGUAAGAAGUGGGUACCAAUCAAACCUGGCCAGCAGGGAUUCAGCCGGAUCAACAUCUACCACAACACUGCCAGCAACACCUUCAGAGUCGUGGGAGUCAAGCUUCAGGAUCAGCAGGUUGUGAUCAAUUAUUCAAUCGUGAAAGGGCUGAAGUACAAUCAGGCAACGCCAACCUUCCACCAGUGGCGAGAUGCCCGCCAGGUCUAUGGGUUAAACUUUGCAAGUAAGGAAGAGGCGACCACGUUCUCCAAUGCCAUGCUGUUUGCCCUGAACAUCAUGAAUUCCCAAGAAGGAGGCUCCUCCAGCCAGCGUCAGGUGCAGAAUGGCCCGUCUCCUGAUGAGAUGGACAUCCAGAGAAGACAAGUGAUGGAGCAACAGCAGCAGCGCCAGGAGUCUCUAGAGAGAAGAGCCUCAGCCACAGGACCCACCCUCCCAGCGGGGCACCCCUCCGCUGCAGCCGGCGCCCCCCUCUCCUGUAGCGGGCCUCCACCCCCACCCCCACCCCCUGUCCCGCCUCCACCCACAGGGGCUGCCCCCCCUCCCCCGCCCCCCCUGCCAGCCGGAGGAGCCCAGGGCGCCAGCCACGACGAGGGCUCCGUGUCCGGCCUGGCCGCCGCCCUGGCUGGGGCCAAGCUGAGAAGAGUCCCGAGGCCAGAAGAUGCGUCCGGAGGCUCCAGUCCCAGCGGGACCUCGAAGUCUGACGCCAACCGGGCAAGCAGUGGGGGUGGAGGAGGAGGCCUCAUGGAAGAAAUGAACAAGCUGCUGGCCAAGAGGAGAAAAGCAGCCUCCCAGACAGACAAGCCGGCUGAUAAAAAGGAAGACGAAAGCCAAACGGAAGAGCCGAGCACCUCUCCAUCUCCGGGGACCCGAGCAGCCAGCCAGCCCCCCAACUCCUCAGAGGCCGGCCGGAAGCCCUGGGAGCGGAGCAGCUCGGCGGAGAAGCCCGUGUCCUCCUUGCUGUCCAGAACCCCGUCUGUGGCCAAGAGCCCCGAAGCUAAGAGCCCCCUUCAGUCGCAGCCUCACUCUAGGAUGAAGCCGGCGGGAAGCGUAAACGACGUGGCCCUGGAUGCCUUAGAUUUAGAGCGGAUGAAACAGGAGAUCCUCGAGGAGGUGGUCCGCGAGCUCCACAAAGUGAAGGACGAGAUCAUCGACGCCAUCAGGCAGGAGCUGAGUGGGAUCAGCACCUCGUAGGUCGCUCGGCCCCCGACGCCGCCCGAGACCCGGUCCAGCCGAAGGCGGGGACAGCAAGGAACCCAGCGCCCCAGGCCUCCAGCACACACGAGCACUCACUGAAGCUAGGAUGUGCUUCGUUUAAAAGUCUUAACCUGUGAUAAAAUAUUAAAAUGAGGAAAAAAGUUCA